UUAGCGUCCACGCUUCGUUAGUCUAAAGCGAGAGCCAUCGGCGACGAGAGUCUGUUUCUUUUUUUUUCCCCUCUUUCCCGCGGAAGAAGAAACUACGUUUCUGCAAUCCGGGCGUAACGGGACGCAUGUCGACCGUCUUAUCAACCGAUCUCUGUUAACCGAAAGCGAUCUCGGAGCAGUUUGCGAGCAUCAACAGGAAGAAAGACGCAUGUACGAGACACGCUAACGAGAAAUUGUUGACGAUACAAUCCUACAACUCUUUUAUUUUGCGUUUACAUUAUUAAGCGUUGGCCAACGUGGAUCAUUACGAGAGACCAUGGAUCUCGUUUACAUACCAGAGUUGUUUACCUACGGAUACUUGAGGAAUCCACAGUACCAUGACUACGAGCAGCCAUGGAACAGAGAUUAUUUCAAGUGCAGCAGAAAAUCAGUGGAAAAUCAACGAACCGUACAGCAACAAUCCAAAGAAAAUUGUCACUUUUGCAAAGAAAUGAAAAGAAGAAAUCUGGCAGUUUACAUAAGAAGUAAAUCACGAAGCGAUUCCUGUCACGAAGGGAUCCAAGAAGAAGAGGAGAGUGACGUGAUGUACAAUGAGAGAAAAAUCGCAGAUGCCGACCGAAAUAAGUCCGCGAAAUCGUCAUGCAAUGCACAGAAAUCAUAGUAUUAUGCAUACUAGUAUAUAUACAUAUAUACUUAGUAUUAUAAUG